AUGUUUUACUUGGGAUGUAUAUUUCUUUGUCUUGUCACAGGAGAGAGAAUUAAAGGAUUUAAUAUUUCAGGUUGCUCCACCAAAAAAUUUCUUUGGACAUAUUCUACAAAGAGUGAGGAGGAGUUUGUCUUAUUUUGUAACUUACCAGGCCCACAGAAAUCCCAUUUCUACCACAGAAGUUCACUCUCAGCAACUCAAGGCCCUGGACACCUGCCCUGCAGUGAUAGUAAGGACUUAUCUGAGGUCCAGUGGUACCUACAACCGCAAAAUGGAGACACGCUAAGGGAAAUUACUAAAAACUAUUCUCACAUCAUCCUGGACAAGAUUACCCUACGUUUUCUGACCAUGGAGAUGAACAAUGUUGGGUCAUAUAUUUGUAGACCCAGGAUUAGGAGCCCCCAGGAUGAGGCCUGCUGUGUUAAGAUGGUCUUAGAAGCUAAGCCCAAGACAAACAUAUCCUGUGUGAGUUCUGUACCACAUAAGCAAUAUCUUCUUCUUGGUAGCACUGACUCCAUAUAUUGCCCCAGCCUUGGCUGCCAAAGGGAUGCACAGAGUCCAGAGGUGACCUGGUACCAGAAUGGAAGACUACUCUCUGAAAAAAGGAGCAACCCAAUGCAACUGGAUGAAAUUUAUGACUUUCACCAGGGCAUGUACACAUGUGAUUAUAGUCAGUCGGAUAAUGGAAGUUCAUGGACAGUCAGAGCUGUUGUUCAAGUGAAAACCAUUGUGAAGGAUACGACUCUCAAACCAGAUAUUCUAGAACCUGUCAAGGACAUCCUGGAAAUAGAACUUGGAAAGUCUUUGACUCUUCACUGCACAGCACGAUUUGGCUUCGAAAAGAACUUUAAUCCUGUGAUAAGAUGGUACAGCAAAGAUUCUGACCAGGAGUUGGAAAUCCCAACAACUGAGGUGAGAAGUGUUAAAGCCACUUUUGAGGAUGAAAUCAUCAAGUGUGUUGUCCACUUGAAAGAGGUUACUCAGAGUGAUCUUCACAAGACAUUUAUUUGCUUUGCCCAGAAUUCCAUUGGGAACACUACUCAGUCCAUUCAAUUGAGGGAAAAGAAAAGAGUGGUGUUCCUGUACAUCCUUCUUGGCACUGUCAUGACCCUAGCAAGUGUGUUGACAGCAGCUGCUCUCCUCUUCAUGUACUGGAUUGAAAUAGUGCUGCUGUACCGAACCUACCAGAGCAAGGAUGAGACGCUCGGAGAUAAAAAGCAUUUUGAUGCUUUCAUAUCUUAUGCAAAAUGGAGCUCUUUUGAGAAUGAAGUAAGUUCAUCUGUGAGUGAAGAAAACUUGGCCCUGAAUCUAUUCCCUGAAGUUUUGGAAAACAAAUAUGGAUACACCUUGUGUUUACUUGAAAGAGAUGUGGCUCCAGGAGGAGUGUAUGCAGAAGACAUCGUGAACAUUAUUAAGAAAAGUAGAAGAGGAAUAUUUAUCUUAAGCCCCAGCUAUGUUAAUGGACCAAGUGUCUUUGAACUACAAGCAGCAGUGAAUCUUGCCUUGGAUGAUCAAACACUGAAACUCAUCUUAAUUAAAUUCUGUUCCUUCCAAGAGCCAGAGUCUCUACCUCAUCUUGUGAGAAAAGCUCUCCGGGUUUUGCCCACAGUCAAUUGGAAAGGCUUAAAAUCAGUGCCUCCCAAUUCCAGGUUCUGGACUCAAAUGCGCUACCACAUGCCUGUGAAAAACUCUAAAGGAUUCACAUGGAACUAUCUCAGAAUUAUCUCAAGAAUUUUUUCACUGGAAAGACUUAGUAAAACAGAAACCACUGGGAGGAGCUCUCAGCUCAGGGAAUGGGGAGCUGGGCCACCUGAACCACCUCCUUCCAGUCAUGAUGAGCAGAGAUGUUGA